AUGGCUGCCAAAGUCAAGGGCGGAGCAGCGGCUGGAGCGGCGGCGGGUGUGAAGGAGGUCAAGGAUAUACUGAAGAGUGGGGAGGGCGCCGUGAAAGCCGCUGCUGGUGCUGGUGUUGCUGGAACAGAGGAGAAAGCUGAGGAAGAGGUCGUGUUUGAUGCCGAAGCGGAGAUUCAGUCGAUUCUGACCAAAAACCCCUUGACCAUGUUCUCGAAAUCAUACUGCCCAUACUGCAAACGCGCGAAAGCAGUUCUCGCAUCCCACACCAUCUCCCCACCCCCCUACAUCCUCGAACUCGACCUCGACCCUAACGGUCCCGCCAUCCAAUCCGCGCUUGCAGCCCACAGUGGUCGUCAAACCGUCCCACAAAUCUUCGUUGGAGAUAGUUUCCUGGGAGGGGGGGAUGAUGUCGUUGGAUUGGAGAGAGACGGGAAGUUUGUUGGUGUGAUUAGGGAGAAGAGUGCGGGGAAGAUUACGAUUUCGUGA